AUGAGUAUCAUCCAGGAGCCCAAGGUCAAGUCUUUCGAGACCCGCCUUUUCAUCAAUGGAAAAUUCACGGAAGCCUCCGAUGGAGGCAAGUUCGACUUGACUUCCCCCGCAACGGGCGAGAAAUUCAUGCAAGUCUCGGAGGCAAGCGAGGCUGAUGCGAAUGCUGCCGUUGCGGCUGCGAAAGCUGCAUUUCCGGCAUGGUCUGCUCUCUCGCCGGGCGCGAGAGGGGUGUACUUCAAGAAGUUGGCCACUCUUAUUCGCGAAUCACACGAUGAGUUGGCUGAGCUAGAGGCUUUAUCGAUGGGCCGCCCGGUCUCUAUGUAUUUUGAGUCUUUCAUGGCCGCAGACUCUCUGGAUCACUACGCCGAGGCUGGUUUUCAGGCUCUGGGAACCUCCAGCUUGAAUACUCCGGGAUUUGUGAAUAUGACUCUGCGCCAGCCCUAUGGUGUUGUGGCUGCCAUCAUUCCCUGGAAUGUUCCAGUCUUGUUCCUGGUUAACAAAUCAGCCCCUGCUUUGAUGGCGGGAAAUACAGUCGUGAUCAAGAGUAGUGAGAAAGCUCCACUCACUUCUGCAAAGAUUGCAACUCUCAUAGAGAAAGUCGGAUUCCCACCUGGCGUAAUCAACAUCUUGUCCGGCCAUGGACACAUCUCUGGAAAUGUACUCUCACACCACAUGGAUGUUCGCGUGUUGAGCUUUACUGGCUCUGGAAGAACCGGCCGUGUGAUCACAGCUGCAGCCGCGAAGUCGAAUCUGAAGAAUGUCAUUCUGGAGCUCGGAGGCAAAUCUCCGGCCGUUAUUUUCGAAGAUGCCAAUAUCGAAAAGGCAGUGGAGCAGACCAAGCACAGUGUGCAAUGGAACAGUGGACAGGUAUGCAUGGCUAACUCCAGAAUCUACGUCCAAGAGUCCAUCGCACCGAAAUUCAUCGAACUGUUCAACAAGAGUUUUGCUCAGAUCAAGAGUGGUGAUCCUCUCCUCAAGGGCACGACCCAUGGCCCGCAGGCAGAUGAAAUUCAGUACAAACAGAUCCAGAGCUAUAUUGAAGAGGCAAAAAGGGUAGGCAAAAUGGCGUUGGGAUCGGAACCAUCAGAGCACAAGACUGGCUAUUUCGUUCAACCGACGGUGUUCCUUGAAACCCCUGAAAAUACGCGACCAAUGAGAGAGGAGAUUUUCGGGCCUGUGGUGCACAUCAACACCUUCAAAACCGAGGAUGAGGUCGUCGCAAAAGCUAAUGAUACUGAAUACGGUCUUUACGCCGCUGUCUACACCAAGGACAUUAGCCGAGCCUUGCGGAUGGCGAAGAAAAUGGAAGCUGGAAGUGUUGGCGUGAACUGCACUAGCCCGACCGGAGCUCGAGACAUGCCUUUUGGAGGCUACAAGGCUAGCGGCACCGGUCGUGAGGGUUAUACCGUUAGCAUCGAUAACUACUUGGAAACAAAGAGUGUUCUUAUUAGUGUGGACGAAGUCUAA